AUGAGUGCCCAAUCACAAACCAUACAACUAUUCAUAUUAUUUGUUGUUGUGCUGUAUAGCGUGCUAUUACCACGAACGGUAAGCUUUCAAACGCAAUUUAGUAGCUAUGCGGACACAGCUGGUGAAUGGUCGCUGGGCUUGAAGAAGUCGUUGGCGGACUUCGUCGCACGCGCGGCUGGCAGAACAAUGAGCAUUGAAGCACCAUACAAGUUAACGCCGCAACAAAUGGAAGACUACGAGGCAAUCAUGAGCGCUGGCGAGGAUAUGCCCAGCGGUUCAUUCGCAUAUAACAAUCGCACUAAAGAUCAAAAAGAUGUCGAGUAUGUGCCGGAAGAUACGCGUAGCUUUCACUGUCUGCCGAUUAUGCGUAUUUUCACUGUGGAUGUACGCCGCGUUGUGCUUGUGGGCGAGCGUGUUGCUGUGGCGGGUGAUCAUGCGCGACUGGGCGCUUGGCAGGUGGAACUAGCUGUGGUUAUGACGCCAAGUGUUCGUGGCGGCGGCGGCGUUUGGUCAGCUAAAGUACCAAUUUGCGCUAACACGCGUAUACAUUACCGAUACUUUAUCUUCAGCGUCGAUAAAUAUGGCAGGCGGCGCGUGCACGAGUGGGAGGGUGUACCAUACGGUCGCGUGUUGGAGAAAUACCAAAUGUAUCGGCCACCCGGCAAGGAUCAAUUUGGCCUGCUGUCACAUAUGACCGUGGGCGAUGUGGAGCACGAAAAAGGUUGGCUGCGCCACGAGUAUGCCAUCGAAUUCAAGUUCAUUUGGGAUCAUCAUAUGAAGUUUUACCGUUAUAUGCAGUUGAAUCGCGGUACGAAAUUUUUGCUAAAGAUGAGUGUUUCACAAAAUGGGUUUGAGUUGGCGCCUAGUGCUUGGCGCGACACCGAACUGGAGGUAUCACACUACGCUUACAAUCGCUCGCAGUUUCAACCGCAAACUGAGCGCGGCGUACCCUAUACUGCGGGCGAUAUCGUCAUAUUUCGGUUCACAGCAGCGCUGAACACCAAAAAUUCGUAUCAGUUGAGUAUUUAUACGGCGGACGGUGAUCGCGUGGGUGAUGCGUUAAUUCUAGCGCUCGAUUUGCGCCACGCGGAAGGCGUGCUGCACGUGCCUAUACAAGGCACUGUGAAUGGCUUUCAGGUGGGCGCGUUGACGUUGCCUUACCUGAUAAUACGCCCUUUAGUUGGUGCCAUUGAUUAUAACUUACGCGGCAGUUUUCAGCGCUACUGGCCCAUGAAUUGGCCCCCGGUGGAUAUAGGUCACCGCGGUAUAGGUGCUAGCUACAACGCGGAUGCGCCGUUGAUGGAAAAUACCAUAGCCAGUUUUUUAUACGCGCACAAAUUCAAAGCAGAAAUGGUGGAGUUGGACGUACAGCUGACGCGCGACUAUGUGCCAAUAGUCUGGCAUGAUUUCGGUUUCACGACCGCGCCAAAGGGGCGCAAUGUGGAGAACGUCGAUGACUUAGAUUAUGCACUAAUUAAAGAUCUAACCUAUAAGCAACUGAAAAGCAGUCGCGUCUUUGCCAUCGAAGAUGGCGACAUCUCUGAAUACACGACCUACAACACGCGCGAUGCUUUGGAGACGGAGCGCAUAUUUGUGACGCUGCGUGAAAUUUUCGAAAUAUUGCCUUCAACGCUCGGCUUGGAUAUAGAAAUUAAGUGGCCGCAGCCAUUAAUAAGCGGCGCGUUGGAGGCAGCGCAAACGCUGAGUAAAAAUCGCUUUGUCGACACCAUUUUGACAACGACCGUCAAAUAUGGUUGCGGUCGUCCCUUAUUCUUCUCCAGUUUCGAUGCAGAUAUCUGCACGAUGCUGCGCCUGAAACAGAAUGUCUUUCCCGUUACGUUUGUGACGAUUGGUAGGACACGCUUGUGGGAACCCUACAAGGAUUUGCGCACGCGCAGCUAUCGGAGCGCCGUGAACUUUGCGCAAUCAGCUAAUCUUCUGGGUACCGUACCGCAUGCGGAAGACUUUCUGCAGCAUGGCGCGCUGCUUGACAUCGGUUUGAACUUGGGACAGGCAACAUUUGUGUGGGGCGAUGAGCUGCAAGAUGCGAACACUGUGGAACAAUUCAAACGCUGGUAUGUGUCUGGCGUAAUUUACGACCGCAUCGAUUUGUAUGGCCCGCCGCGCAAGCGUGAGCGCUUCUUCAGCGCACCAGAGUUACUCGACAUAUUUACGCGUCAGUGUAUUGUUGUUGGACAUUCCAACUGCAGCAGUGAGUUCGCGCUGCCGGAUGGUUUUGAUUUACAUGGGAAACCGGUGAGUCGACUUGGCUGUGAGGUGAUUGUGCAGCAGAUCGGCUGAAACGCACACAUAUAUAUUCGUAGUAAGUGUAUUUGUAGCUAAUGGAAUUUUUAAUAUAAUUAUUUAUGCAAAUAGUAGUAAGGUAUAGCACAAGCAUUAUUUUCAUGGCGUUCAAGCGUUGUUAAAAUAGGAAAAUAAAAGUAAAUUAAA